UGAGGGAUACAAAUAGGGCCGUCGUAAUUGAGAGCGCAUUAGGAUUGGAUAGGCUGUGCAUAGAGGGGCGGGGCGACUUGAUGCCACUCUCUUCAGUGGCGCUUUGUUGGCCGCAGCUCAGGCACCUCCGCUGGACACCUAAAGUGGGACUUGGCUCUGGGUAACUUGCACACUCCAGCAGCGCUCGGGCAAGAUGGCGAUAGGUUGUGGAGAGAGGUGUCUCUUCUUCACGUAAACACAUGAGACGCUUUGGAAACACGGAGUCCUGCCCAGUACAAAGGCGUUUCGAUGGCACUGGACGAGCUUGUUGCGCUCUGCACAUUGUCAUUGCUGCUGUCCGUUGCAGAUGAAGUCUGUUCCCUAGAAGUGAGCUGUGGUGCUGGUCCAGUUUCUGUGCUCUUGGAUAUGACUCAAGAGCUGGUGCUGGACUGCCACCUGGCAGCUCUGGUCCAGCCUGUUAACAUCUCCUGGCUGAAGGAUGGGCUGCCUGUUGUGAGUCAUGAUCUGCUGCGUCUGCUGCCAAAUGGUUCUCUACACAUUACUGCCAGACCUCAGAAUGACAGUGAUGGAUUGCCCACACCGGAGGGUAGUUACACCUGCAUCUCCACAAACUCAUUUGGAUCCAUCAUCAGCCGUACUGUGACUGUCCAGCUUUCAACACUCUCUCAUUUCAUGCUUCACCCAGUACCCCAAUCUGUGCCACAGCAGGGCCUGGCACGUUUUGAGUGUCACGUGGAUGGUCUGCCUCCGCCUCUUAUCACCUGGGAGAAGGACCAGUCACCUGUGCCCUCCCAACCCAGAUUUAUUACCCUUCCAAAUGGUGUUCUGCAGAUAGUCAAUGUCCAACAGGAAGAUACCGGAACCUAUCGUUGCAUGGCAGCAAGUGCAUCUCGCAUACAGUAUAGCCAGGAUGCCAGACUCACAGUCACUUCAGGUCCUCAGAUUGGGCCAGUGGAUGUGGAAAUUAUUGCUCCUCCAAAGAACAUAACUGUGAUUGCAGGAAGGACAGCUGUGAUGGAAUGCAUGGCUCAUGCGGACACCAUGCCUUAUGUCUCCUGGAUACGGCAAGACGGAAAGCCUAUUACCACGGAUGCAGUUGUGCUGUCCACUAACCUGCUGAUUUCCAACACCCAGCCGCACCACUCUGGAGUGUAUGUAUGUCGUGCCAACAAGCCCAAGACCCGGCAUUUUGCAAAAGCAGCAGCUGAGUUGCGAGUACUGGGUCCUCCACUACUGUCUCAGCAGCCUGAAACCAUUUCCAGGACACGUGCCAGCACAGCCAGGUUUAUGUGCAAGGCUUUUGGUGAUCCCAUGCCUUUCAUUAUUUGGAUGAAGAAUGGAAAUCCGAUCCUUUCAAAUGGUCGUGUGAAGAUCCAGAGUUCUGGCAGUCUAGUCAUCAACCAGAUUGGAGUAGAGGAUGCUGGCUACUACCAAUGCAUUGCGAAGAACAGCCUGGGCACAGCCUGUAGUACUGCCAAACUCACGGUUGUUGUGCGUGAAGGGCUUCCUAGUGCCCCAAAGCAGGUGUCCAUAGUGUCUAUGACUAGCACAACAGCGCUGGUGACUUGGGAGCGUCCAGAACUAAAUAGUGAACAGAUCAUUGGCUUCUCCGUACACUACCAGAAAACGCUUGGCACAGAAAACAUUGAGUAUCAGUUUGCAGUCAGCAAUGACACAACUGAGUUUCAGGUGAAGGAUCUGGAGCCAAAUACCAAUUACAGCUUUUAUGUAGUGGCCUACUCUCCUCUAGGAGCUAGUCAGAUGUCCAGUUCUGCUACUGUGCAGAUGCUGGAAGAUGUUCCCAGUGCUCCCCCCCACUUGUCUCUGCUGAGCACCUCCCCUACUGAAAUCCAUGUUAUGUGGCUCCCCCUCUCUCUGGAUCUAAGCCAGGGCAAGGUGACCAAGCACCGGAUUGACUACUGUGCCAUGGAAGAGGAUCAUAUGUAUUCCAUUGAAGUGGCUGGCAAUGAAACACAGGUAACACUGCAUGAACUUAAGCCAAACCAAAUGUACAAGGUUCGCAUUGCAGCUGGCACGAGUAUUGGGUUUGGGGAGCCCUCAGAGUGGAUGCGACAUAGGACACCAGCUUGGGAGGAUGGUGCUACAGGUUUGCUGUUUGCUCCUUCUGAGCUGAAAGUGAAGGCAAAAAUAGACUCCCUUCAUGUCAUGUGGCAGCCACCACCCAACCACUCUCAGGUCUCCGGGUAUAAGCUUUACUAUAGGGAGGUCAGUCUGGAAGAGGGUAAAGCUACAGCAGUCCGGCUCCGAAAGAAAAUGAAGCACUAUGAGAUUACAGGGCUGGCCCCUGAUCAUCUCUAUGAAGUCAAAGUACUGGCAUUUAGCAAACAUAAGGAUGGCUAUGCGGCUGUGUGGAAAGGCCGCACACAGAAGGCUCCAGUCCAGAUGGAAGAGGCACCCCAGCAGAAAGCUUUUCCACAACCUCCAACUGGCGUGCGGGCAACUGCCAACAGCUCCACCUCCAUCUGGCUGCAGUGGGAGAAGCCAGCAUUCAGCACAGUCAAAAUUGUCAACUACACAGUGCGAAGCUCCCCACUGGGUAUCACCAAUGCAUCUCUGGUCACAUACUGUGUCAGCUCUGGAGAAUCAUUCCUUCUCACUGGUCUCAGACCAUUCACACGUUAUGAGCUGGCAGUCCAGUCUAAUGCACCUGGGGCAGCAGGUCCAUACAGUAAUGUGGUGCUGCAGUCCACUCUUCCUGACAAACCAUCUACUUCACCCAUGGGUCUGCACAUGAGUCCACUGAGCCCUUCCUCAGUGCUGAUGCGCUGGGAGCCACCAGAAGAGCCCAAUGGCAUUGUACAGGAGUAUCUGAUUCUGCUGUCCACCAACAGCAGCCUUCCUGAUAGCAUGUGGACGUCUGUCGUGCGGGAUGGGAAUACCUUUAGUGCGGAGAUCCAGGGGCUAGACAGUGGCUCCAUGUACUAUUUCAAGAUAGCAGCCAGAACUUUGGCUGGCAUUGGGCCAUAUUCGCAUGUGUUGGGAAUACUCAUGCCAUCUCUAAAACGCUCCAUGCCUGAUGUUCUUGACGUCCACUCUGUGACGGGCAUCAUUGUUGGAGUCUGUUUGGGACUGCUGUGCAUUCUCCUUUGCAUGUGUGUCAGCUUUUGCCAGACCAAGCCAAGAUCUGUUUCACAGAGCCUUUCAUAUAGAAAAGGCCGAUCCGGUACUGUUGUACAGCAGGAGCGGUGUGAUGGUCAUGAGUUAGAAACACUUAUGUUAGCCCGCCCUGAAGAUAUGUCCCUGACUCUGACAGAAGUCACUGAAGAACAUAGCCUAAUGGAAGCUAGCCUGGAAAAUCAUAGUCUACACUCAGAGCUCAAGCCUGCAUGGAAUGGCUCAGUGAGUCGCAACUGGACAAGCCACAUCACAAGCUGCAGUGAUCUGGAUUGGAGAGAAUGUACGUCUGUAAAGAAUGGCUGCCUAACAAUUCCCAGGGGUCUCACUGAGGACAGGCAGGCUGCGACACAUUCAGCUGCCAUCAGAACGCAUGAAGACAAACCUGCUGCUCCUCAUCAAGUGGAGGCCUCCGUCAUUGUCCAUUCAGAACAUUUGAACAGAACAGUUAAAAGCGAGACGGAUAGAAAGGCUGAUUUCCAGGAAGUGCCCUCAUCUGUUUUCUUGCACACAUUUAGUGAGGAGACGGCCACCUGCCCUCACAGUCUGAAGAACGGUUUUCGCAACAAUGAAGUGCUUGAGCGCCUCCUACAGGCUUUGGACUCGGACUCUACAGUGGCACGGAGAGCAGCAGAGCCCUCUGGUGCCUUUGACUCUACCUCAGUAUGUGAUAACUAACAAAGUCCUUGCCUAUGGCAAGCAGUAGCUCCACACUUAUGAGAAAGAUGGUCUGAGCCUGGCCAGUGGGGUUCCUCCCAGCUCUGGGACUCUUGUCUAUUUUUGGUUUGCCAUAGUAUUGGCCCUGGAAGUGUCUUUUCUCAGAUCUACCCAUCCCCAACCCCUAUGCUUUGAAACAGUGGGUCAAUGUUUAUUUUCUAUAGUACUCUUCAGAAUGAUCACUGUCCCAAGGCUACAAUGUCCCAUCAACCAAGUGGUGCUUUUUACCCCUCAGUUGCUGCUGGUCAGGGUUGUGCUUAGAGACAGGGUUAAACAUGACUGACCGUUUGUCAGCCUUACAUCAUGGCAGGGACUGGGGGAUGAGCUUGUUCACAUUGGGCAAUCCAUCCUCAUUCCCUGUAUGAGUCCUGAUGAUCAAAAACAGUCUCUCCACACAGCAGUCACUUAUCAGUUCAACAAUCAGAGACUCCAUUAAAGAUAUGGGGGGCUGGGUGUCAACUUAGAUUGUUAAACCAAGGGUUUAGGCCAUAUGUAUGGCUUUAUGUGCAUUUUAUCCAUAAUCUUUUCAGUGAAUCACAAGUAGCAUGUCAUCUCAGGGUACCUGCUGCAAUGAUACAAUAACAAGGGUGAUCCAGCAGUAGGAUUGUAACUCCAUUUUUAUUUACCCACUGUUACAUACACCUCACUGCCUCUUAUCCUUCAUGUCUAUUUCCACUAUUCACAUUUACCUUAUGGAUCUUGUGAUAAGGCAAUAGUGUGGUCUCUCACCUCUCGGACGCAACUACCCAAGAACAUAAGAAGUGUGACAGAUGAGAAUCUAUUUGGUCAGUCGACCUCUUUUGUAUAGCUAAUAGCUCAACUGUCCCAAUAUCUCAUCGAGAUACUUUUUAAAAGUUGCCAAGGCUUCUGCUUCAACCACAUGGCUCGGUAGUUUAUUAUUAGUCUCUUUUCAUAAAAAUGUACUCCCUUGCAUUGGUUCUAAUUGCACUUUCACUUAUGUAGUUUCCAUUUGCAUCCACGACUACGAGAUUCACUGUUUUAGCUGGAAGAAUUCUGAUGGAUACACUUUAUCAAGGCCUUUGAGAAUAUUGAAGACCAGAAUUCAAAUCGCAUGCGGCUUCCUCUGUCUGUUUGAGACUACGCAAGUUUAACUCUCCAGGCCUCACAUGGUAGGCUGUGUCCUUUACGUCCUUUACUGCUGGGGGGCACUCGUUUGCUGUCCUCUGUUCAGUUCCUUUUUAUAGGGUGGUGACCAAAGGCAAGCUUGUUAUGUUUGAGCAGAAAUCAUUAAGAGGAGUCAUCUUUAGAUCAUCAGUGAUGAUUUUUUUUUUUCUUUAAUCAUAAGAAUUGCACUGUGGCUGCAGGCUGGCACAGUGUAGAAGUACAUGCUAACGGCUAUCCAUGCCCAGAUCCACUGUUGUAGCAGUUGGCAUAUUGAAGAAUGGGUAACGGUUUGCUGGUUAUUCAUCCCUUAUUUCUAUUUAGCAUCAUCUUAAGAAACAGAUGGACUUUUAAGUGACAAAUAUGCAAUAACUCCAGUCCAUGUUUCAGUACUGGAAUGGAUUGGAGACCUCUUAAAAGCAAGUUGUCUGGAUGAUAUAUUGAAGCAAAAUGUGCCAAGUGCCAAAUCACUGCUGCUUUUUAGGAGAAAACUUUCAAACCAGUUCCCCAAAAAGACCACUAAUGGCCAUUAAUGGAAUGAAUGUUAGGUAGGACCCCUCACUCUUCCUGUCUAUGCACAGUUCUGUAUUAUACAAUUGCAUACUGAAGCCUACGUCACAUUCCACGACUUCUAAUCUGAGGGGAUAUCAGACUUGAUGAUGCACUUGUGGAUCUCGUUGCCUGAGGUUGUCAGAUAGCAUGAGCAGAAGUCAUUGGGGAUGUCAAAUUAGAUGACAGUGUAAGGACUUCCAACACAGUUUCACGUUUACAAAGUAUCGCGAGCGUGUGGCUUUUUCUGGCAGCCAAAAAAGUGCUGCUCAUUGGAGAUGGUGCCCAUGUGGAGGCUUAAGAGGAACUGUGAGUUAAACCACAACCUCAGCUUUUUUCUUUUCCAUUCUAUUUUGGCACAUAAAACACGAGACACUGGACAGACAGCUUCCUCUUCAUUUUGCAAGAUCCAAAACAUCUACUGUUACCAUACAAGUAUGCAUUGUACAUCUGGGAGAGUGUUCAUUGGUUGUGUGGUGUGAUGUGGCCUUACAGGAGUGAAGGGUAGCUAACGGUGCCCAUGCAGUCUUGCAUCCCACGUACCAAGUCAGAGGUGACAAGUAAGUGAAUCCUGAGAUCUGCAUUUCAGUAUUAGCCUGCCAUAUUGAGGAUGUGAAUGCAAUGCCAAUCCCCACCCAGACUUUUUUUUUUUUUUUAAUAUAAAUGAGAAGCUACUGCUCCCCCCACAACCCCGAUUAGGCCCAUAAGUGAAUCCUGAGUUCUACACUUCAGCUUUAGGCUGACAUAUUGAAACAAUGGAUGAAGGGAGACAGUAUACACCCCAUGUUAGGCUAAUAUGACUACGUUUCAGUAUUAUGUUUGGCUCAUUAAAGGAGCAGAUACAGAGUAGAAGCCCACCCCCAUCUGCAAAUUUGUAUUUCCAGAAAGAAAAACGUCCUGGAGCUUUCAGAGAUACAAUUACUUGUCAUAUUUUUGUACUGUAGGUAUUAUUAAAUUCUGUAUCCUGC